GGCUGGCCUUCGAAGCGCCAAUGUUCACUUUCAUUCACCGUCGUUUAACCUCACCCUGCCCGUGGGGGUCUCUUCAAAAUGCACGUUAUUGUGCCUUCAUGGAAUGCUGCGUAUAAAUAAGUGUAUUUGAUUACCGUAAACGCAGUCUUGUAGCAUGCACCUGGCUAAGAGCGUUCACAAGCUCCCAUUACCUACAGGACGGCGUGCAUGCAUAUGCACAAGCAUGCAGGAACUAAGUUUUCACAGAGGUGGAUUGAUUUAAAGAUAUAGAAGAAGGCAGCGUUCUUUGCAAAAUUAUCUGUAAAUAGGUUAUCUCGAUAGCUUUUUUUAAAAAAUAUUAUUUUCGUAUAAAAGCGCAUUAAAUGCCUGGCUAAUGAUAUUGUUGGCUCCGCAUGCGAACUUUUAAUUUGUGUCAGUUUACAUUUUUAUUGGACCACUGAAGUCCACUGGAGAGCCUCUCAUUAACUUCAUUUUAUUUGAAAUGCGAAUCAGAAGCGAGUUAUUUUUAAUUGUUCUCCAGGCACUGUAUGACGUCUCUACUGCGUCAGAUGGAGCAGCACCCUCGAAAACGGACCCACACAAUGCUAACCUCUGCUACUGGACUUCUGCAACACGCGGGCGCAUUCAUUACAGUUUCCUCCGCGAGUCAGCCGGGACACAAGCAAACGCGCUGCGUUUGUACCUCAGCACGUGGACAGAGAACCAGCGCCUGGUGGACUGUGUGAUAGUCGAUGAAUCCGCGGUUGUAGAGAGCUACCUUUCUCUCUGUCAUGAGAAGCGCGCCGGGAAUUUCCUCACAAACCCAGAAGAGCGCUUUAAUAUCAGCCUGCUGCUGGAACCUGGCAACCCAUGCGUGGUUGGCUCGGUCCAGGGAUUCGAACCGCCUGGUCGCGUAAAGCGGGACCUGCAACCUGCUGAUCCUGGGCGCUCCUCACUUAGCAGUCCCACUGUGAGCACUGCGCCCGAGGUCCGGCGCCGGAAGAGAUCCUGGAUAUUUCCUGGGACACUCUGGUGUGGCACGGGCACGAAGGCAAACGCCUAUGAUGACAUCGGUUUGUUUGAGAACACGGACAGGUGCUGUCGGGAACAUGACCACUGCAAGAACACCAUCCCCUCCUUCACGGUCAACUACGGUGUCUUCAACCACAACCUGUUCACCGUGUCCCACUGCGACUGCGACCGCAGGUUCCGGCAGUGUCUGCAGGAGGUAAACAACACCAUUGCCCACAUGGUUGGCUACAGCUUCUUCAGCGUGCUGAAGGUCCCCUGCUUCGUCUUCACUCAGAAGAAGCACUGCACCCAGUUCAACUGGUGGGGGCUGUGUAAGUCCGUGGAGGUGGCGCCGUAUGCUCUCUUCCGCUAUCCAUCCCCGUACAACUCCACUCAGCUGGUGCAGAUGGACGAGGGGUCGGAGGUCACGGCCGUCCCAGAAUCCCCUGCUGUGACUUCCUCCUCGGCCUCCCGUCCCGCGGGCGCGGGCCGGAGGAAUGGCACCACCCCCGCGGGGGGGGCCGAACCGUGCCGGCCGCGGGGCCGCGGACGCAAGACCUCCAAGGCCAGGGGGCGCUGUGGCCCCCGGGGGCCCGCGCGGGGGGACACCUUCCGGGCCACCCGAAAGCCGGGCCGUGGCGGGAAAGGGAGGAAAGGUGGCGCGAAGCCGCCAACCGCUGCUGCAGUACCGCGAACCACCACCAGCGCCACCACCACCACCACUACUACCACCACCACCACCACCACCACCCGCCCCACCACCACCAGCACCACCACCCGUCAGGCUGUUGGGAAGAAUUCAGGGAAGAGUCGGGGUCCCAAAAAACGGCCGGGGGGCUCAAAAAACGCCCUCCCCACUGACCCGCCCCGGGCCCCCCCAGAACAGGCCAACAGCAACCUCCCCGCGCCCGUGGAGAGCUCCAGACACAAAGACAAACUACAGCUCUGUGACUGUUACAAACAGCUGGACGAGUGCGAGCACAAGAUCCUUCCGUACGAGGAGAAAUACGGCCUGCGCAACAUGGAGCCCAAGAUCCUGUACCACUGUGCCUGCACGCGAGGGCUGUCCCACCAACUGCGUCAGCUGAACGAGUCCGGCAUUCUGCAGUCCCUGCUGCUGGACUUCGUGUCCCUGUCCUGCUUCAAAGGGCUGCACUUAGAGGACUGUCUGCGAAGGACACGCUGUCGGGCCGUUCUCUCCGAAUCCAAACACCUGAAGGAGACGCUGAGGAGGCUGGGGGUCUCCGAGGUGACCGGGGGUCCCGUGGGAUCCGCCCCAAAAGUGAAGAGGCAGAACACGAGAAAAGCCAGAGGCAAAAGCAGCCCUGUCCGGCUGUACAAACGGUGUCUACGGAUGACGAGCAAAAGCAUGGCUUGAAUGACAGUCCUAGUGUCCUUGAAGUAAAAAUCUGAAGAACAGAUUUAAAGUAUAACAGCUCAGUAUCUCAGCAUCUUACCCAUACAUCAGAUGCAGUCUCUUAAACGUUAAUUUCAGGUAUGACUGAAAGGUUGUGUGUAUAUAAGUAGUUAUAUACUGCUUGAAAUAGCGUCAUUCUGUUACAGAUAUUCUGAAAUUAUUAUCCUUGCUUCUAGGUUUGGACUUGCAUUAGGAUUUUGUUGUAAAAGAUCCAUAUUUUACCUGAAAUCCCAUUUUUUAAAUUGUGUAUCUUUGCUUAAUUUCAAGAUUUUAUGAGACCAUUCCCAAGUUUCCAAGCAAUGUCUGCCAGAGAAUGAUACUUAAAUAUUCUCACAUACAGUAUGUAAAUACAUUCAACAUACAUACAUGUAAAUACAUCCAGCAUGCACACGUAUGUAAAUACUUUAGCCUAUGAAAUGUUUUUUUUUGUUGCAAAAUUGUAAAUUUCUAUUAUAAAUAAUACUGUAAACAGCACUUAAAUAGAGGAUAUAAAUUGUGUUUUCCUUUGGAAUUUAAUGUAUUUAAUUUAAUAUGUGUACGAAAUGCUGUCUCUCAUUUAUGACCAUUUUGACACUGGAAUUAAUCAGAACUAAAUCUGAAUGUGAAAUACUUUUUGGUGCUGCUCAGUUGUUUCACUGCAUGACAAGUGAAACCUGGAUAGAUCAGAUUAUUUCUGUAAUUACUGAAUAUUUGGUGUUUGGACACUUUUCAAUAGGGCUUGGUGAUUUUUUUGUACUGAUAUUUCAAUCAAAAAAUCAGUUACUGUUAUUAAUUGACUGUCUUUUGACUCUUCUUAAAAUUUUAAACAAACAUGAAUUAUAAUGUUUAAAAAAUAAAGCACUGCACAUAACA